UUCAUUAUAGCCGGUGCCUUAGCACUUUCCUGUCGUUUACUUUAUUUUAAUCUCGUUAAAGAUAUCGUUAAAAGUUGCAAAGAUGGGCGUGACGGUGUAAGUUUAUCGCAUCCCACGAAUAUUAUUUGCACCGUGUCCUUAAUUAUUCCAUAUGUUUCCUUGUAACGUUCGUCGCCUUGUUUUACGUUACGUUUCUUCUUCCUUAGAGACUGCAGCAGUUUCCGAUGACGGAAAAUAGAACAGGCCCGCAGACGAUAGAGUUUCUGACGAAAAGGAUAGUUGCUCUUGGAGCCGUACAAUCUGGACAAUUUCUCGUCGAUUGUGAAACAUACAUGUCGGUUCCGCAAUUGGGUGUUCAAAGAACCGUUCAUGUACUACACAACUCGGAACAACCAGCCUCUGUUUUCGCUCUUCUCGAGUCUGGCAAUAAGAUAGUACCAUUGAUCGCAGAUGGUCUCUUCGAUCUUCUGAUGAUGAAGAUGACGAGCAUUUAUACGAGCAAAAAACAAACCAAGAUCGAAUCUAAGGGCCCACGCUUUGAGAUUGGGGACUUUUGCGUCAAACUCGGCAGCGUCACGAUGAGCCAGAAUUUCAAGGGUAUCCUUGUCGAAGUCGAGUACAGACCCUGUGUCAUUCCGGGAAGUGCCUGGGAACUUUUGCGAGAGUUCCUUCAAGGAUUUCUUGGUUCCGCUGUAUCGAAUCAAGCUCCUCAAUACUUGCAAAAUCGAAUGAAUGAGAUUUAUCAACCGAUGGAUACGAUACAACAAUACUUGGAACAUUUUGGACAAUAUAGAAAGGCAACUGGAGUGAUUUAAGUUAUUUUAAUCGGAGAUCGAUGAACAAUCAAAAGAUAUGACGAUUCAACGAUUCUCUUUUCUAAGAAUUUUUUCAGAGUAGACACGUAUUAUUCUUCGUACUAUUCAAUUUAAUUUAAUUAUAAUCCGAUUGUUUAUCGCGCGCGCGCGCACACACACACACAUAUGAAUGAUAAAAGAAUAUAUAUGUGUGUGUGUGUGUGUGUGUGUGUACGAGUCCUAUGUAAGUAUAAACGAUAGAUUUAUUCAUUAUUAUCCUUUUAUCCCUAUAUUAUCGAUGCUAUUAUCGGCAAAGCCAAUAGUAAAACAUCGAUAUCUAUGGUUGAUAAUUCCGAACGCUGCCUUAUCGUUGUAAUAAGUUGUUUCGAUAUCUGAAAAGAAAAGAAAAAGAAUUUUUAGCUAUCUCAUAUUUCAUAUGGCAAUUUCCGUUUGGCAAAGUUAAAAAUUUCAUUAGCUCCUCAAAUUUUGCAUAAUAAGUAAACUGCUUUGAUCGAUAAAAUUUCCAAGUAAAAAUAUUCAAGUCAUGCUACAUCCGAUUUGAAUGAAAAUGAUAUUAAUUUACGUUAAAAAUCGGAAAUUUCCUUGAAAUGAAUGUUGCAUUGAAUAAUCAGCCGCAAUAUUCCAUAUAUUUGUAGAUUUUUCAAAUUAGCUUCUCUUCUCAUUUCAUUUUCCAUUAAUUGACAAAUUUAAAUUAAUAAAUGUAAAAAGUAAAAAUGAAAUGAUACAUGAAAAAUAUUAAAAUGCAAUUCAUUCGU